CCAACAAAGAGCGUGAACAAACGCGCUAGAGUUGGCAUAGUUCAAUUUCAAAACUCAGAAAAACUAGCACGCUGCACUUCAAAUCAAAUCAAACUCCACUCUGCUCCUCCAUGCCGCAUCACUGACAAAUGGAACUCACCGAAGAACAACGACGCCAGGUAGAAGCAAACCGCGCCGCAGCGAUCGCAAAACGCAAAGCAUUCCUUGAAUCUAGAGAAGAAGAAGAACAACAACAAAAGAAUCCCGAAGGAGAAAACAACAGCAACACCAACCCGAACCCAUGGAACCUUUUCAAGUGCCAAAAGUUCCCCCUUUCCCCCAAACCCCAACCCCCAAAAUUCCUCGCCAGACUCGAAAUAUGCUCCCCCGAUUCCUUCUCCAUAACGCCCCUUCCUCUCUCUUCCUUCCCUUUCCCUGGUCACCAACAUUGCCUCAACACUCUAAGCUCCACUCUCUCACAACAACAUGUGGUGCCUUCGCAUUACACGCAGACUAGUGAGGGCGAGAAGGUGUGCGUGUUCAAGCUGGCGGAGUACCGCGCCGUGCUGAAGCAGCUAAAGGCCGCGGCGGCGGCGGAGGUGCUGCUGGUGGAGGAGAUCCCCUGGGCGACGUUCAACGUCGUGGAGUGCCUCUCGCGUUCCUUCGCGGCUGGGCGGUGGGCGCCCGUGCGGCCGGAGCACCUGCCCGACGACGAGGUGGACCGCCUGAUCGGGAGGCUUCCGAGGACGCUCUUGGAAAGGUUGCUGCCUUUCCAGCAUGAUGGGCUGAGAUUCGCGUUGAGAAGAGGUGCAAGGUGCCUCAUUGCCGAUGAUAUGGGCCUCGGGAAGACGCUACAGGCUAUUGCUAUUGCAGGGUGUUUUGUGGAGGAAGGGUCUAUACUUGUGGUUUGUCCGGCUGUGUUGCGGUAUUCUUGGGCGGAGGAAUUGGAGCGCUGGCUUCCUUCCUGCUUGCCGGCUGAUGUCCAUCUCGUUUUUGGCCAUCAAGACAACCCUAUAUAUUUAAAAAGAAGUCCCAGAGUUGUGGUUAUUUCUUAUACCAUGCUUCAUCGUCUAAGGAAGAGCAUGCUUGAACGUGAAUGGGCUCUCCUGAUUAUUGAUGAAUCUCAUCAUGUGCGAUGUACAAAGAAAACAGAACCAGGAGAGAUACAGGCUGUUCUCGAUGUGGCUUCGAAAGUCAAGCGUAUAAUUCUGCUAUCAGGGACACCUUCUCUGUCAAGACCAUACGACAUAUAUCACCAGAUAAAUAUGUUAUGGCCUGGUUUGCUGGGGAAGACUAAAUAUGAGUUUGCAAAAACUUAUUGCGAUUUAAAAUAUAUCAAAGGCAUCCAAGGAAAAUUUUUUGCGGAUUAUUCAAAGGGCGUGCGCUUGGAAGAGUUGAAUGUGUUACUAAAGCAAACUGUUAUGGUGAUAAGGCGUCUGAAGGAACAUGUGAUGCUACAGUUACCUCCAAAACGCCGGCAAAUUAUAAGACUGUUGAUAAAAAGAUCAGAUAUAGUUGCUGCAAAAACUGUAGUUGGGGUAUUCAAUAUUGAUGCCUCUGAAAGGGAAAGUGAAGACGUGCCUUUAGAAACUUUGGAUGAACCUGAUGGAAAGCUUUCUUAUCAGGAACUUGGAAUUGCGAAGCUUUCUGGUUUUCGUGAAUGGCUUGCUCUCCAUCCAAUCAUUGCAGGAUCAGAGAAUGCUUCAAAAAUGAUAAUUUUUGCUCAUCACCACAAAGUUCUUGACGGAGUACAGGUGUUUUUAUGUGAGAAAGGGAUAAGUUUUGUGCGAAUUGAUGGAAAUACUCUUGCCAGAGAUAGACAAUCAGCAGUAGUCUCAUUUCGGUCAUCACCAGAGGUUAAAAUUGCAAUAAUAGGUAUUCUAGCAGCAGGUUUUGGACUUGAUUUCUCAACGGCACAAGAUGUUGUGUUCUUGGAGCUACCAAAGUGCCCAACUAUAAUGCUCCAGGCUGAGGAUAGAGCUCAUCGUCGGGGACAAACAAAUGCAGUUAAUGUAUACAUAUUCUGUGCAAAGGAUACCUUGGAUGAAUCACAUUGGAAAAAUUUGAACAAAAGUUUGCAACGUGUUUCAUGUACAACUGAUGGCAAAUAUGAUGCGAUGAAAGAGAUAGAGGUUGAAGGUAUUUCUUAUUUAGACUCAUCUUUGAACAGUGAUAAUUGUGAAGAGCAAUCUGCACGCAGAGAUGCAGUAGGUGAAACACAAUUGGAUAAGCAACCUUCUGCAGAAAAUUCAAAUGAAUCCGAAGCAAAUCGAGAUGAUAAAUCUGAUGAGACUUUUCUUAAUAACUCAAUUCAGAGUUCUAAUAUUAUGGCUGAAAAUAUUUCCUGCCAAGAUUUAGGCAAGGCUUCAGUACUGGAUGGAACUUGUGAUGUUGAUGUUUUUGAUGGCAUGGAGAGAUGUCCUGAAAAGAGUUUUGAAGAUGGAGAUCAAGAAAUACGGUUGCAGGAUUUGAAAAAAAUUUCAACAACAGAAGCAGAUGACAACCAGUCUGUUAAUCUGGUUGAAGUCAAUGGACAUUGUUCUAAUCAAGUUGAUUUUCUUCGAUUUGAGGUGAGCCCAUACACUGGAAGGAUCCACUUGUAUACUUGCAUUUUGGGUACUGAUAAAAGACCACAGCCACUUCAUGAAAAUUUUCGACCAGAGGAACUUGAGUUGUUAAGUUCUGUUGCUGAUGAUGAGAAACAGGCUCAUGAUGAGAAACAGAAAACAGAGUUUGUAACUGUGAAGGACAACCCCGCAUAUAGGCAUGCUCUUAUGGCUUUUGCAGAAGAGUGGAAGAACUUGAGGUCAAUUGAACGCAGGAAGUUACUUGGAAAACCAUUACAACUUCCUUUGGCUGUUGAAUUAUGCUACUUGAGUGAAAGCAAUAACCACAACAACAAGGGAUUAUUAAAUGGUGGAAGUAAAAGACGCAGGACGCCCUUAAUGGAGAUUAGCUAUCCUUUACCAUCAGAUGCUGUUUGGAGAAAGGUAUCUCUGCGAAGUGGCCUUGGUAAAAAGGAAAAAGAAUACACUCAAGGCUGGAGUGUGACAGAUGAGCCACUCUGUAAGCUUUGUCAAAAGCAGUGCCUGGCUAACAAUGCCAAGACACCUGAAUUUUUUGAAGAUCUUUUUUGUAACCUUGUCUGCUAUGAGGAGUAUCGAAUGAGAACUAGCAACAGAUUCCUCCGUGAGGAACUUUUCAAAAUUGAACAUGGAGUGUGCACAAAUUGCCAAUUCGACUGUCAUAAGCUCGUUGAGGAUAUAAGACCUUUGUCAUUGGAAAGGCGGCGUGAGUACAUAGAGAAAGUAGCACCGAAAGUUGCUAAACGGAAGAAAAUGUUUGAGAAGCUUGUCAAUGAACCAACUGAAGGCAAUGCAUGGCAUGCUGACCAUAUUGUUCCAGUAUAUGACGGAGGAGGUGAGUGCAAGCUGGAGAAUCUGAGGACUCUCUGUGUAGCCUGCCAUUAUGAUAUCACUGCUGCACAAUGUGCUGAACGACGCAUAGCCAAAGCAAAUGCCAGGAAACAACUAAAAGCGUUAAUGAAUAGCAUGAAAAAUGGUAUUAAGGGUGCUACUGGCACUAAUACUAAGGACCAUAAGCUUCUCGAGGAAGAAGGGAGUAUGGUAGAAGAUGAGCUUUUAGUUGAGGUUCCUGGCAGUGCCUAUUCUUUAGCAGACAGCUAAGUGGAGAUGCCGUGUGGAAGGGAUUGCAAACAGCUACAGAAAAUUUCCAUCGUCAUUUCAACCGAGUUUUUUUUGUAGAAAGUAAAAGCAAAAUUUGGCAUCCACCUGAUGGCAACUUGUACGUCAGUGCAGUUGGUUUUCCAACUGGACUUUCCUGGAAGAGGUCGACUGUGGUAACGAAGGAGUACUUACUUACAUCAUAGUGUCCAUUUUUUUAUUGCACAGGCUACCAAUUAGGUGGUUCUUUGUAGAAAUUCUUUUGAACAGAUAUUUGUGUUGUUGUCUACUUCAAAAGCAUGCAGCAUUCUCAACAUAUAUACUUAGAGAAUGCCCUUAAACCUAAGAUAGAUAAUUUUUGCAAUGUAGUGACAGUUUGGAUCAUCCAUUUGUAACCUAUCGUUGAUUAUGGAUUGGAUGCUGGAAGCAACAGCCUCCUACCAAUUAUUUGCGGGCAAUUGUUUUGUAUAAAUGUAAUGAUUGAUGAUUUGGCAAAACAAGAACCUUUUUUUUUUGUCAUGGUUCUUGUUUGGAUGAAAUAUUAGCUUGAAUUUGGAUGGUUUGAGAUAA